GUUGUUGACCAUCCACUCAUCCAGACUACGAAGCAGUUCUUUUGCCAAAAAGGCGACGAGCAGUCGGGCAGUACAUUUCCAGAAAACGAAUCUCUAGAUAGCUUCUCUAUUUUAUACAGUACCCGCUUGCAACAUGUCUGCUCAACAACCCAUAACAUCUCGUAUCGCGUCCUAUGUCGGGAGCAAAGAGUUUAGAAGCUAUUUGAUGAGCACGCAUUUUUGGGGUCCCGUUGCAAACUGGGGUCUACCGCUAGCUGCUAUUGCCGACACAAAGAAAUCACCAGAGUAUAUUAGUGGAAAGAUGACAACCGCGCUGACACUGUAUUCCCUUCUGUUCAUGCGAUUUGCUUGGAUGGUGCAACCACGAAAUUACCUCUUGCUUGCUUGCCACGCCACAAACGAGGCAUGUCAGCUGGUACAGGGAUACAGGUUCAUCAAUUGGCAUCACAUGGGAGGUAAAGAGGCAGCGAUGGCCACGGAACAGAAGCCGCCUUUGCACUCUUUGUAGAUAUACAAUUGGCUUAUAGACUAAGCUACAUACCAUUACAAUCUAUAUUGUGACGUUGCGCUUCACUGUAUUAGAUUUGUAAGUGCACAUGGCCGGAAACCGGUGCGUUUCCUUGUAUUUCACCUACUGUACGAUGAUUAUGCCGUAUUCCAGAAGCAAGGGCAUUACAAUUGAAAAUUGCUUUCUAUUCACUGGUUUUCUCC